AUGGCGACCGUGCAACUUCCAAUGACGAUGGAGGCACUUGUCGGUGGCCCAGAGAUAGAGGCAGGAAGCGAGCCGCACUUCUGCCCAGUCAAAGCUUUGCCCAUCAAGCGAACCCAUCGCGUGAGGACAUUGCCAGGCUUUCACCUGCUGUGCCUCGAUGCAGGCAAGGAGGCCAUGGCGCGAGGAAGCUACGAAGCCUUCGGGCAGCGUUUCCACUGCGAAAGCCUCGAGUACCUGCACCAAGAUGACAAGGUCUUUAUAUGCCCACAGGACCAGAAGGCUUUUCUGAACCAGAUGUCCAUGCGCUAUCAUCAGUACAUCAGGCAUGAGCUGCAGGAGCGCAAGGAGGAACGGAAGCGUCUUCGAGAGCGUGCCGAGGAGAGGAAAGCUAGAGCUGAUCGGCGACAGCAACCCGACAGCCUGUCAGCAAGGCAAGAUUGA